AUGACGGGCGAAUACACGGCUACAGCAAACGCUCCUCAGGCUGUGCCGAAUGGUGGCGAAUUGCUGCCUGAAGCUGCAGCCAGUUCCUCUUCCGAUAGCCUGCUCCAACUGUCCCCGAUAAAGAGGCUCAAGUCGGGAACCGUCACUGGCACGGACACCUGGGCUCUGGGUUUCGGCAUAGGCUUCCGAAAGCACACCCAGCUACCAGCCAAGGACGAGGACGAGGACCUGUUUUUUUUCGCUGAUGCGACGCUGACAGCCACGGGCAAGAAAACACGACAUCGGGCGACCUGGAACCCGCUCAUCGAUGCCAUCGUUCGACCGCGUCAAACCAAGCUAGGAUAUCUGCUACGGAGCCAGGGCCCGAGGAGCUAUCUCGGUCUGUUCCGUGAUGAGCGCAGUCGUUACAUUGUUCCGGCAUCCCAUCUCUGUGUGACCAGCCCAUGGCGCCCAACUUGUUCGUAG